AUGAGGUAUUCAUUUUCAUUUUUUCAGGCGAAAACAACGCAAAGCACGGGAGACUCGUUGGACGACUACUGCAGGACUUUGAAUCAAGGGGCGGAUUUGAAGUCAAAAACUGAGAUCUCAAUGCUCCGACAAAAGCUUGUCGGUCUCACACAUGAUGCUCAGCGACUUGAGAAGCUUGUGAAGAUAGCAAAACCUGUAGCUUUGCCAGAGCUCAAAGUAGGUGGAGCAAAUACGUCUGGAGCUGAUAAACAGGCCUUUUUGCGCAAAAUGAUGAUGAUUGGGAAGAAGAGAGCUGCCGAUGAGAAGGCUGCAGAAAAGGAAGAGAAAGAGAAGGAAGUGAAAGGGCCAGCAGGAAUCCCUGCGCAUAUGGAGAGAUUCAAACCGGAAAUGGAGGAUGAGGAAGAGGCGUCUGCUUCGGAUGAGAAACCCAGUUCUUCGGUUUCCAGUGCUGAAACUACGGAACAAGCUCCAUCCUCCUCCGCAGAGAAGGAGGAAGAGAAGAAAGAACCUGAACAACCUGUAGCGGAUUCAACUACGGAGGAGAAGCCUGCAACUGCUGCUCCGAAUCCAGUUUCGAUGAGGCUCAAAAAACCCGAAAAUCCAGAACCGGCGAAGACUAAGCAACAAAUUGUCCACGACAUCGUUUAUGGAGAUGAUGACAAGGGCACAAAUGUGCCAAGAAGAUCCGUAUCCACCGAUGCAGAUGAGGACGAGGAAGGAGGAGGUCCAAAAAAGAAACGACGUGUAAGAGUUCGACCAAAUCGACCUACCACGGUGACUCCUGGUGGUGAUUAUGGGGAUGGUAUGGAUGAUGACAAAUAUGCUACGUGGCUUCCCCCAGAGAACCAGAGCGGUGAUGGAAAGACUGCUUUGAACGAGAAGUUUGCAGGGCAUAAGAAGGAAGAGAAAAACCAACCCGAACAAUCUGUAGUGGAUUCAACGACAGAUGAGAAGCCUGCAGCUGCUACACCGAAUCCAGUUUCGAUGAGGCUCAAAAAACCCGAAAAUACAGAACUGGUCAAAACUAAGCAACAGAUUGUCCAUGAUAUUGUUUAUGGAGACGAUGACAAGCGGACAAAUGUGCCAAGAAGAUCAGUGUCCACCGAUGCAGAUGAAGAUGAGGAGGGAGGAGGUCCAAAAAAGAAGCGCCGUGUGAGAGUUCGACCAAAUCGACCUACAACGGUAACUCCUGGUGGUGAUUACGGUGACGGUAUGGAUGAUGACAAAUACGCCACGUGGCUUCCUCCUGAGAAUCAGAGCGGUGAUGGAAAAACUGCAUUGAACGAGAAGUUUGCUGGGCGAUAUUGA